UUCUAAUUCUCCCUAUCCUAUAAUCCUCACUGCUGUUGCUGGGAUUUGACUAGUAUAUUACCUUUUUCUCCCUCUCUUUUUAAAGAGUAAGUCCCUUUUCUUUUUCCAGAGUCAAAACGUGCUUACUUCUUUCUUUUUUGCUUUGCCCUUGUGCCUCCUGCUACAUUCCUCCUCCUCCUCCUCUUCUUCCAAUUCACACUUCACUGUGCAUCCCGUCCUCCUUGUUCCUCCUCUCCCUCCCUCACUCUCUCUCCAUACUUCGGUCUUCCGCCACUACCCUCCUCUACACAUAUUGAAAGCCACGAUUCGAUCGUCCCAAGAUCUUGGCCUACCCAUCACUCAUCAUCUCAAACCUGCUUGCGCCUUACACAGUCACAAAGAAUGCAGCCUGUUGAUUGGCAUUGUACUUGCGCACAACAAUGACGGCUCACGUUUCUCCUCUCCUACAGGUUCUUCUGGGGUCGGUUACUAGUCCCGGUGGUACAGAUACUCAAUUCCCCGACGGAGUGUCCGAGUCAACUCCGUUUCACGUGAGAUCCAAUCGGCGGCCUUCACUCGAGACAUCGACACUUGCUAGCGAUACUAGUUCCACUGUCGGGCAACCACCGGCCAGACGAGGCUUCCGUCGUCGCGCCUCGAUCCUCAAGAAAUUGGCGGGUCCGCGGGAAAACGCAAAGCGUCUGUUCCGCUUAGGGUCCCUGAUCCACUCUGCGCCCUCCAUUACGCCACCAUCCGCUUCCUCCCCUUCUCUACCUCCUCCUCCUUCUCCUCCCCCUCCAAUGACUCAAACACAUUCCCAUCGCCCCGUGUCUGAGCUCGUUUUGAAUCCCAACGAUGCCACAAUGCUCACCGCUUCGGGACUAAGAGUUGGCCGAUUGCGCUCGCAUUCUUCCUCCACGGUCUCGUCCACCCAACCCUAUCCGGCUUCCGCUCAUUCCAUCCCGUCCGCCGAUCCGGCCGUGCCGUUCCCUCCUCUGCGUAACGAGAAAAUAGUCGCGACAGGAAGUGGGAUCUCCGUGGGCAUUGCACUCACUGAGCCAGUGCUAUAUCUGCAAGGAUAUGAUCAGAAUGACCCCAGUACUAAGAAGUCGGCCAUUCUUCGCGGGCAGUUGCAUCUGAAAAUCACCAAAAGCGUCAAGGUGAAGAAGAUCUCGAUCUGCUUCCGUGGACAUGCGCAGACCGAUUGGCCAGACGGUAUCCCGCCCAAGAAAGUUCACUUUCACGAUAAAAAGGACCUCGUCACACAUGGAGUAAUGUACUUCAACCAUGGCGAUACGGCACUGAUGCAGAAUGAUUACGGUGCGCAUUUCUAUCAGCACGCUAAGCCGGUAACUUCUGUGACGGGCAAGGAGGGUCCGACACUCAUCACUCGGGAGCUGCUCUCCAAGACCGGAUCCUCAACCUCGUUAAGCCACACCGGCCAGUUUUCUGCCAAGGACCUCAAGCGACUAUCCUUGAAUUCCAACCACUCUCGAAGUUUUGGUAAGAAUGAUCCGCCACCUCCGCCGGUCCAUCCGCCCCGCAACUACCGCCUGUUCCCUGUCGGCGAUUACCUCUACAGUUUCGAAUUCCCGAUCGAUGGUUCUCUCCCAGAGACAAUCAAGACCGACCUGGGAUUCGUCCAGUAUGACCUUGAGGCGAUAGUCGAAAGAGCCGGUGCCUUCCGGCCCAAUUUGCUCGGCAGCCUAGAGGUUCCGGUGAUCCGCACCCCGGCGGAGGGCUCGCUAGAGCAGGUCGAACCGAUCGCAAUUUCGCGGAACUGGGAAGAUCAGCUGCACUAUGACAUUGUGAUCUCCGGGAAAUCCUUCCCUCUUGGAUCGCAAGUCCCUAUCGCUUUCAAGCUGACUCCCCUGGCCAAGGUCGAGUGCCAUCGGAUCAAGGUCUAUGUGACGGAGAAUAUUCAACACUGGACCGCAGACAAAAGCGUGCAUCGUUUUCAACCGGCGAAGAAAGUUCUACUGUUUGAGAAACGAGCCGACUCGGCCAGCACAAGUACCUAUCCGGGAAGCUCGAUGCGAGUCACAGCAGGGGGUGGCAUUGACUGGGACCAGCGCGCAGCAGCUGCUCGGGGUCAGGAGGUGGUGGAUCGAAACCGGACCAACCUUCUUGGCAAUCUGUCUAGCGACUCAGGAGUUGGUCCGACCGAGAUGGAAUUCAAUGUCCAGUUGCCGAGCUGUCAAGAAAUGCGCAACCGGGACGAGUCUCAACGACUACACUUCGAUACCACAUACGAGAACAUUCAAAUAAAUCACUGGAUCAAGAUUGUUUUACGCCUCUCCAAGGUCGAUGAGAGAGACCCCGGCAAGCGGAGACACUUCGAAAUCUCCAUCGAUUCUCCGUUCCACCUGCUAUCGUGCAAGGCCACGCAGGCCAACAUCUACCUUCCGGCAUACACCUCGCCGGAGUCGGAGCCAACCCCACAGGCACAGGAGUUCGAGUGCGGUUGUCCUGGCGCACCCCUGAUCAACCGGGCGGGUUCCAGCCGACAAUCGCUUUCCUCCUCCGACCGAGAUGAGCGACCCAAUGGAGGCGCCGUUACGAGAAGCUUCACCAACAGCUCCGGAGGCUUAACUCGGCCACCACAGGCGCAUCUGGCCGAUGAACCGGUCGACCGCCCACCGCGCCCCAUGCAUCUCCUCCGCGCGCCGUCCUUUGCACCUCCUGCCUUCGAGGAGCUCGAGCCACCGCCGCCUCUCGUCACUCCUCCCCCGGAGUACAAUACCAUCGUUGGAGACAAUGAUCGAGAGGCCGUGUUGCAGGAUUACUUCUCGCGCUUGUCAUUCUAUGAGGAGCACGCCGAUGACGAUCGCGGCCUUGGGCGUGUCGAUGUACCUCUGACUCCUGGAGGCCGUGUGAACCGCAGCAUGGACGUUCCACGCGAAUGGGUGCGCCUGGAAUAG